AUGACUGGAAAAGGGAGACCACAAAAGGCUAAUAGCCUUGACACUGCAGAGAAACAGGGAGCAAAGAAGAAGGAGGCAAUACCAAGUGAGAAAAUGGAAAAAUCACAGGAGAAGUCUUUGGAAGGGGAGCCGCCAAAGGUUACAAACCCAACCAAAAAGGGUACCACAAAGACCAAACCAGAAAAACGAUGUGAGGAAAAGGCAGAAUUACAGUCAUCAGAGGAGAUGACACAGAAGCAACCAGAAGCACCAAAGGACCCCAAAAAGGAUCUCAGAGAGGACAAAACACCAAAAGCUUCUGUGCUCAAAAAAACUCUGGAAAAACUGAAGAUAAAACCACAGGCAAGAUCAGAUGCAUCAGAAGUUGUCAACAAACUAGUGGAAGCUGUAUCUACACAUUUAAAAAAAAACACCAAAUCCUUUGAAGAAGUAGAGCGACCUCUACCUACAGGAAGCUACUAUGAAAAUCUAAAGGUAAGGUAAAUCUGUUCACUCAGAGUUUUCUAAAAUAAGCAUUGGGUUAAAUUCUGCCUGAAGGGGUAGUCAACGAUUUAUGCAUUCUAGGAGAUGUUUUAGUAAUUCUGUAUCACAAAGUAAUGUGAUUAUGUACACAGAUUUCCGAUCCUGAUGAAUUUGAUGUGAUGAUGCCCAUCCCUGUUGAGCGGGUAAUUGUUGAACCAUUUGGGGAUGACGGAGCCUUUUACAGUGUAGCCUUAAAGCGUGGCAAUAGUCCAUUGAAGAAGUUUCAAGAGGAGGACAUUUUAUCUGCAAGCAAAAUGCUGGAAGAGUUCAGAGAUGAAAUCAAGAAAUGUGCAAAGGAUUUUCCAGGUGAGCCUUUUUAAAUGUUGGGUAAUGGAUAACAUUUCCCUUAAGUCCUUUUCUUUACAUGGUACUGUGUGACGGUGUCUUUAGCCAUGUAAAUAUUCUUAGUUCAUGGUCAGUUUUUUUUUUUACCAUGACUUUGCUGAAGUGUGUACUGAGGCUAUAUGAUUUAUCAUUCAUCUUCUUACGCUCCUUUUUUAAAUUUCAGAAUGGAAGCUGUCCAGAAAGAAAAAACGUUGCCCUGCAGUGACCCUGACCACUGAAGUGAACUCAGUCACUAUUUCACUGGACGUCGUUCUCUGUAUCAUGGUUAAAUCACAGUGGCCACUUUUCACCACAGAUGGCCUUCAGAUAGAAAAAUGGCAGGGCACAAAAGAAAAACAGGCCUACAGACGAAAACCGUACUAUCUUGUCCCAAAAUACCAAGGAAGGGAAACUGAAGAGAAGAAUGGUGUUCUUGCAAAGGGUAAGUUUGCCAUUCGGUGAAGAGAAAUCAGAUUAUGACAAAUGUAAAGACCCUUAGCCUUUUUGUCCUUUUUUAAUGCAUAGAGUCCUUGUGCUGAUAUACACUACACUACACAAUAACUUAGGGAUUUUGUUAUUUACCUGAGUGCUUUUCCUUUUUGGUCUGGAUUUUAAUGAAAUAAGUAAUAGUUCCCUUUGAUAUUAUUCUGAAUGAAUGAGAAGAAACAUGUUUUUAUUUGAUCCCUAUUUAUCACACCAGCAAUUUAGACGAUAACAAAGAUAGCCCCAAAUAAUCAAUACUGACAAAGUCAGAAGCGUUAUGACAGCUCGACAGCGACAUCUCAUGCUCUUCACAAGCCUUAUGAUGUUGUUCUGACACAAUGUGUUCCACGCCUCCACAAGUGCUAUACGCAGUUCUGCCAGGUCACGUGGGGGUGGGGUAUGAACAUCCGGUUGCUGCUUCAGCUGGUCCCAGACGGGCUCUAUGAGGUUCAGGUCAGGGGACAUUGCUGGCCAUACCAUAUGAGGCACUCUAACUUCCUGAAGUCGAGCUGUGACAAUUCUGGCAUGAUGUAGUGGAGCAUUAUCAUCCAUGAACAGAAAGUUGGGGGUGUACUAGAGGAAUUGGGGGAUGAUGAUCUGUUCUAUGAUGUCCUUAAUGGUAAGAACCGGCAGUGACUGAGCCAUCUCCAAUCACCAAAUCUGUUUUGCACUGACUGGUGAUGCCUGCCCAGACUGUUGCACCUCCUCCACCAAAGUGAACUCAGGGGACCAUGUUGACCGUGGCGUAUUGCUAAGUUUGCAAUGCUGACAACCACCAUUUCUGUGCAAGGUGACCCGACACUCAUUAGUGAACAGGACAGUAAACCACUGCUGGUCUUGUGCCCACUGCAGAUGGUCACGGCAGUGUCUUGGUGUCAGUGGAGUCACCUGCAACAGGCGUCUGGCAUUCAAGCCAAAGUGGUGGACUCAGUUGCGAAUGAUUUCUUGAAAACCCUAGUACCCCUCACUUCUUGUAAAAUGGCUUGCAGCUGUGUGGCAGUUGAAUAACGGUGUCUAAGUGCAUAGCUCCUUAGGUACUGGUCAUCAUUGUGGUCCAUUACUUGUUGGGCUCCACUUCUGGGUCUGUCACGAACUCUGCCAGUAGUUCUGUGUCUGGCUGCAAGUCUGCUGAUGACACUUUGAGAGACAUGUAGUUCACGAGCAACAUCUGACUGCUUGCCAUUGACCUGAAGGUGCGCUAUGGCCAGGUAGCCCUGUUCGCUUGCUAAGUGACGUUGUGUGUUCAUUUAUAGUCCCAGAAUGUUGAAAUUGAUGCCACAUUGAAAAGGGUUGUCUUUUUGUAUUUUUUGGUUUUUGCCCCAAUAUGAAAGGUGCCCUGUACACAGUGAGACCAUUACAUGAAAACCACAGAAUGAGGUGUGUCUAUCACCCUAACACAAUUGCCUCAUUAGCCCAAAAAUCACCGAAGUGAAAUCCACUAAGGACCUCACAAUAUCCCUAACUUAUUGUGAGAAAGGUAUUUUUAUAUUUCCUCUCAGGGAAACAGAAUACACCUAUAAACUGUGUUCAGCAGUUUCAUAUCAUGUUGAUAAUCUGUUAAAAUUUUGAUGCUUCCGCAUCUUUUGAACCAUGAAUUAUGCCUCUGAAGAAAACAAGGGAAGCUUCAAUUUUCUCUGCUAAUUUAGCAUUUUGUUAUUUCUCACAGAUACUUGGCGGGUUUCAUUCUCUCAUGUUGAGAAGGACCUCAUAAAGAAACAUGGGUCAGAGAAGACAUGCUGUGAGACAGGCGGAGAACGGUGCUGCAGGUAAGGUUAUGUCUUUGAGAUAGAGUAGUUCUGAUUUUCAUUUACACAAGCCACAUCAUUGUCCACUAUCAUCAUAACAUCAAAAUAAAUUAAGAUCUUUACUUGGUUUACAUUUGUGAAAAAUGUUAUAAAAGUAUUUCCUUUCCUCUGUACUCUUUUCUACAGGAAGGCCUGUUUGAAGCUUCUUAAGCACCUUCUGAGUCUGCUUAAAGAGGAGGACUCUUCAUUUGACGAGUUCUACUCCUACACUGCCAAGACCACACUGCUACAUGCCUGCAGCUCCAGAGCCAAAGACAGUGACUGGAAGUACUCUGAUCUCAGCGACUGCUUUCAGCUGCUCCUGCAGGACUAUGUAGAAAACCUGGAGAAACGUUGUCUACCAAACUUCUUCAUCCCCUCCCAGAACCUGCUCUGUGGUCUCAGCAGAACGAGGUGCAAUAAACUGGCUCGUCGUAUCCAGGAGGAAUGUAACAAUGGCUUUCCUAUUUUUGAAAAAUGA